UUUUGAUGCUUAGUUUAGUGUACACAUUUCGAAGCAAACAAAAACAAUGGCGAGUUCAAAACUUGCGCAGCACUGAAAACAGACAGUUACAACUUACAAGCUCACAGCAAAUCGGACGCUUCCAUUUCCUCAUCUCAUCAUCGUCUACACCUACGGCCAGUAAAAAUUCAACCUUUGAGAAACUUAUAUAAUGGAAGAGGUGGGGUAUGAUUCUGCACUUCCAUGGAGUUGGGUUGUUGAAGCCCUUGCAAAGUCUCAACUAGUGGAUACAACUCUUCUUUAUGAGUUGCUUUCGAAGGUUCCACCUUUAUUGGGUGAUUCAGGUAAACAAGCAAGAGAAACUGCUGCUUUGAGGUGCUUGGAGGGGCGCUUCGGUCCUAAUCUUUCAAAUGAGUAUCAUGUAGAAUUUGAUGAGUCGGAUGUUGCAUUUGAUCCGGCAGAAAGUUGUGAAGCUGCCCUUCAGCGCAUUACUUCAGGUUCUGAGUGUACAUCAGAUGAAGUGAAGUGGGAUAUACAAUCUUUUAUCAACCACAAGAAAGCAAGCUUGCCAAUAUCCACUUUGGAACUGUUGAAGGAUACAAUUCUUGAAGGCAUCCAUCCAGUUGCUGCAUCCUUGAAGGAAAAUUUUGGAGUUGAUUUUUUGGAUAAAUGUUUAUUAAAUUUGCCCUGUGAUGGUAAUGAUCCUACAUCCGCGCUGUUAAGGAGCAUUGAAGAUGAUUAUGGUGGUAAAACCAUGCCUGCAGAAGAAAAUGGCUGUUUACCUGAAUCUAAUAUUGCCAACCAGGUAGUGCAAGCGUAUCUUCCAAAUGGACAUUUAUUGCCCUGUUCGGGGGGUAUAAGUAAUCGCUGUACUGAUCAUGUGCAAGAGAUUGAUGCUGCUUCACUCGAAAUGGACAAUCACCGCCCACCUGUAAAGAAGCGUAGAAUGGAGUGUGGCGUACAGUCUAUGAAGCAGCAUUCAGUUCCUGUUGCUAGCAAUCAAAUGUCUCAUGGUGCGGAAGAUGAACACUGUUCUGAAGACAAAAAAGGAGUAAAUGAUGGGAAAUCAUGUGGGAAAUAUGAUGAGCAGGCAAAAACCCAUGUGGAAAAUCAUGAUCAGCAACCAAUUUCACCUAAUAUAGGUGACCGUUGUUAUGAAGAGAUUGAUCUUGCAAUGAAAAGCCCGAACUUCUUGAGUUCUCAGAGUGCCUUCACCCGGGACUUCCUUGCAAUGACAGAGACGCAGCCAAAUAUCUGUAUGAAGUGUAAUAAAGAUGGCCAACUGUUAUCUUGUAGUGGUGUUAGCUGUUCCUUAAUGUUUCAUGAGAACUGCUUGGGUUGCUCAGCCUACUUUGAUGAUCAAGGAUUGUUUUACUGUCCAUUCUGUGCAUAUUCGCGUGCUAUCUCCGAGUAUGUUAGAGCCAAAGAAAAGGUUUCUUUAACAAGGAAAGAGCUAUCUCGAUUUAUCGGAGGGAGGGCCCUUGACCGACAACAGCAUGAGCAAAAAGAAAGCUACAAGGCGUAAAAGUACCGAGUUUCAUGGAGAUGCUUCCUAUGAAUUUAUUUUAGUAAUUCAGACGAACUAAGGCAUGAUAAGAGGAAUGGUGGCACCAGUUCGUUAUGAUCCCGUAACCCUUUUGGUGUGAAGCAACAAUGGUAUUUGUUUAAUAGUAUAGUUCCUACACUAUGCACUAUAAUGUUGUUGCCUUUUUUGGGAUGAUACAGUGGAUGCUGUUUGUAUUGGUUACACUCUAUGAUGAUGUUUUGAUUGAGCUCGUAGGAGCUCAUUUAGUACACCUAUCUACUUGACAUGACCCGAAAAACUAGUAGGUUUGAGAUCGACUAGAUCUUGACAUGCUCGAGUUGAAGGGCUCAUUUGUGAAGUCUUGUUGAGAUUAUGGUCCUCGACAAUAUAAGUAACUUUUAUGAUAUAACCAUAGCAUUUCACCCCUCGUUUAAGAUUUCAGGUGAUCUUGAAUCGGGUUGGGGGGUUGUUUUUAAGGUUAUUGUCAUUGGUUAAACUGAGUUGGAUCUUCGGGUAAUUUUGUAUAGGGAGGUUAGGUUAGGCUUGGUGGUAAGAUUGUAAUUAGUUAUAAGUGGAUGUUUGUGUUAGUCUUAGACUAUUAGUAAUAUAAAAUGGGACAUAAGGGUGUGUUAGAGUUUAUGAAAUAACAUUAAAUAAAACAAUAUUUAUCUCCUCUCUAAAUUUCUUCUCUUCUUCCUCUCUUUCUUAUUCACAUUGUUGCUUGAGAUUUAAUAUCUAUAACAUUGGUAUC